CUCUCACCCUUGAAUAAGCACUCCAACACACACCCUCCCAAGCUGCUUUGGGGGCCUAGGUAGUGGAGGUUGAAAAAAAAAACACACUGAAGAGUAUAUCCAAAUACACACUGUGUUAGGUCUGACUGUUAGUGGUCCAUAUCCUUCCUUACCUUCAUCCAAACCACCCCCAUCCCCAACACACACCCACACACACACCCACACACACACACACACAUCACUUCCCUUCCUCCUUUUUCAAGACAUGGGUGUACAACUGUGAGCUUUUGGGGGGAAUAAAACCCCCUGGCCUGGACAGCACAGGGGUAUUGCAGAGCAGGAUGGCGAGAGGGACGGCUGCACUGGUUUUGCAUGGAUUUGUCCUCCUGCUGGCUGUGUGUAGACCCUCACUACAAGGAGGGGUCUACAUACCACCUGCAGGAGGAGGAGCUGGAGCUGGACUAGGGGCUGGCGUUGGACCUGGAACCGGAGUAGGGACUGGCGGUAUAAGUACUGGAAUUCGUCCAGGGACUGGGCCUGGAGGUGGACUAGGAACUGGACCAGGAGGAGGGACUGGAUUUGGAGUGCCAGGAGCUGGAACUGGAGCAUAUGGCCCUGGCCUUGGUGCAGGAGGAGUUGGACCAGGCGGUUAUGGCACAGGCCUUGGAGCAGGUGGAUCAGUCCCUGGAGGGGUUGGAACUGGGGGACCAGGUGUUGGUUUGGGCACUGGAGGUCUUGGAACAGGGCCUGGUGUAAAGCCCCCCAAAACAGGAUAUGGUUUCGGACCUGGUGGUGGUGUGAGUAGUGGCAUUGGACCCGGGGGAGUUGGACCAGGAGGUAUUGGACCAGGGGGAGUUGGACCUGGGGGCAUUGGACCAGGGGGAGUUGGUCCAGGGGGAAUUGGACCAGGCGGAGUUGGACCAGGAGGAAUUGGACCAGGAGGAAUUGGACCAGGAGGAGUUGGACCAGGAGGAGUUGGUCCAGGGGGCAUUGGACCAGGAGGAGUUGGUCCAGGGGGCAUUGGACCAGGAGGAGUUGGUCCAGGGGGAAUUAGACCGGGAGGAGUUGGACCAGGAGAAGUUGGACCAGGAGGAGUUGGUCCAGGAGGAGUUGGACCAGGAGGAGUUGGACCAGGAGGAGUUGGUCCAGGAGGAGUUGGACCAGGUGGUGUAGGUUUUGGAACAGGAACUGCUGUCAAGCCUCCUAAAACAGGAUAUGGUGGUCAGAUUAUUGGCACUGGAGGACUUGGCACUGGUGCACUAGGAGGAACUGGACUCCAGCCAGGAGGAGUUGGGACAGGGCUUGGUGUUGGCUUACGGCCAGGAGGUACUGGAUUAGGUGCUGGUGGUGUGGGUCCAGGUGGAGUACUUCCUGGUGGGUUUGGUCCUGGAGGAGUAGGAGGAGUGGGUCCAGGUGGAGCGGGUAUUGGAGGUCUUGGUCCUGCAGGAGUAGGUCCUGGUGGUUAUGGAGCUGGUGGGGUUGGCAGAGGUAUUGGUGGAAAACCUCCAAAACCAGGUUUUGGCCAGUAUGGAAUUGGACCAGGUGGAACUGGUAUUGGACUUGGCCCAGGCGGACUUGGCCCAGGCGGACUUGGCCCAGGCGGAGUUGGCCCAGGAGGAGUUGGCCCAGGAGGAGUUGGUCCAGGAGGAGUUGGUCCAGGAGGAGUUGGUCCAGGAGGAGUUGGCCCAGGAGGAGUUGGCCCAGGUGGAUUUGGCCCAGGUGGAUUUGGCCCAGGCGGAGUUGGCCCAGGCGGAGUUGGCCCAGGCGGAUUUGGCCCAGGCGGAGUUGGCCCAGGUGGAGUUGUCCCAGGAGGAACUGGCCUGGGUUUUGGUCCUGGUGGAGUUGGAACAGGAUUUGGCGGCAUUGGAGGCCUAUACCCUGGAGCUGGCCUGAAACCACCAAAAACUGGUGCAGGAGUUGGACCUGGUGGAACUGGUAUUCGUCCUGGUGGCACAGGUGUUGGCCCAGGUGGUGUUGGAUUUGGCCCUGUAGGAGCGGGAGUUGGUCCAGGUGGUGCUGGAAUUGGCCCUGGAGGAGCGGGAGUUGGUCCAGGUGGUGCUGGAAUUGGCCCUGGUGGAGCAGGAGUUGGUCCAGGUGGGGCUGGAAUUAGCCCUGGUGGUGCUGGUACUGGCCCUGGAGGAGCAGGAGUUGGUCCAGGUGGAGCAGGAAUUGGCCCUGGUGGAGCAGGAGUUGGUCCAAGUGGAGCAGGAAUUGGCCCUGGUGGAGCAGGAGUUGGUCCAGGUGGAGCAGGAAUUGGCCCUGGUGGAGCAGGAGUUGGUCCUGGUGGAGUUCCUUUUCUGCCACAGUCUGGACUACCAGGUCGCAAAAUUGGCAAGCCUGGGAAAGCACCAGUUCCAGGGAUUGGUGUUCCUGGGUUGUACCAGGGUGGGAUUGCCCCGGGGCAAGGUUUUGCUGGUCAAGGCAUUCUGCCAGGUGUAGCUACUGGAUCUCAAACUUCUCAGCUUGGUCAAGGAGCACUUGGAGCCAAUGGUGGCCGAGGAGGCUUUGGAGGUCAGCAGCUUCCAGGGGUGAUUCGUGGAUACCCACUCAUUUCUCCAAAGUCUGGAGGACCUGGCUCAGCUAAAUCUCAGGCUAAAGCUGCUAAAUACGGGGUUGGAGCAGUACCCGGUGCUGGUGGUGCACUCGGUGUAGGAGGCAUCCCUGGUGUUGGUACUGUACCUGGUGCAGGUGGAGUUCCUGGACUUGGUGGUGUACCUGGAGCAGGUGGUGUCCCCGGACUUGGUGCUGUACCUGGAGCAGGUGGAGUUCCUGGAAUUAGAGGAAAAGCAGACAAAGCACGAAAGUAUGCCUCAGGGAUUGGAACAGGUGGGUUCCCUGGACUUGGAGCUGGUGGGCUUGGAGCUGGUGGACUUGGAGCUGGUGGGCUUGGAACUGGUGGACUUGCAGCUGCUGGGCUUGGAACUGGUGGACUUGGAGCUGGUGGGCUUGGAGCUGGUGGGCUUGGAACUGGUGGGCUUGGAUCUGGUGGGCUUGGAGCUGGUGGGCUUGGAGCUGGUGGGCUUGGAGCUGGUGGGCUCGGAGCUGGUGGGCUCGGAGCUGGUGGGCUUGGAGCUGGUGGAGUUCCUGGGUCUGGACUAGGAGCUGGACCUGGAGGAUACGCUGGAGCCAAAGCUCGAAAAUAUGCUCAGCUUGCAGGUGCAGGUGGGCUUCCUGGGUCUAGACUUGGAGUAGGUGGGCUCGGAGCUGGUGGAGUUCCUGGCGCUGGACUUGGAGCUGGUGGGCUUGGAGCCGGUGGAGUUCCUGGCGCCGGAUUUGGAGCUGGUGGGCUUGGAGCCGGUGGAGUUCCUGGCGCUGGACUUGGAGCUGGUGGAGUUCCUGGCGCUGGACUUGGAGCUGGUGGGCUUGGAGCUGGUGGAGUUCCUGGUGCUGGACUUGGAACUGGUGGGCUUGGAGCUGGUGGAGUUCCUGGCGCCGGAUUUGGAGCUGGUGGGCUUGGAGCCGGGGGAGUUCCUGGCGCCGGACUUGGAGCUGGUGGGCUUGGAGCUGGUGGAGUUCCUGGCGCCGGACUUGGAGGAUAUGCUGGAGCCAAAGCUCGAAAAUAUGCUCAGCUUGCAGGUGCUGGUGGGCUUGGAGCUGGUAGAGUUCCUGGGUCUGGCCUUGGAGUAGGUGGCCUUGGAGCUGGUGGAGUUCCUGGGGCUGGUGGGCUUGGAGCUGGUGGAGUUCCUGGAGCUGGUGGACUUGGAGCUGGUGGAGUUCCUGGGGCUGGUGGGCUUGGAGCUGGUGGAGUUCCUGGAGCUGGUGGGCUUGGAGCUGGUGGAGUUCCUGGGGCUGGUGGGCUUGGAGCUGGUGGAGUUCCUGGGGCUGGUGGGCUUGGAGCUGGUGGAGUUCCUGGAGCUGGUGGAGUUCCUGGAGCUGGUGGGCGUGGAGCUAGUGGAGUUCCUGGGGCUGGUGGGCUUGGAGCUGGUGGAGUUCCUGGAGCUGGACUUGGACCUGGGGGAUAUGCUGGAGCCAAAGCUCGAAAAUAUGCUCAGCUUGCAGGUGCUGGGGGAGCUGGAGCUGGUGGGCUUCUUGGGUCUGGACUAGGAACUGGUGGCCUUCCUGGUGCUGGACUUGGAGCUGGUGGUCUUCCUGUGGCUGGAUUUGGACCUGGAGGAUAUGCUGGAGCCAAAGCUCGAAAAUACGCUCAGCUUGCAGGUGCUGGUGGAGCUGGAGCUGGAGGGCUUCCUGGGUCUGGACUUGGAGUAGGCGGGCUUGGAGCUGGUGGAGUUCCUGGGGCUGGACUUGGAGUAGGCGGGCUUGGAGCUGGUGGAGUUCCUGGGUCUGGACUAGGAGUUGGUGGGCUUGGAGCUGGUGGAGUUCCUAGGGCUGGACUUGGAGUAGGCGGGCUUGGAGCUGGUGGAGUUCCUGGGUCUGGACUUGGAGUUGGUGGGCUUGGAGCUGGUGGAGUUCCUAGGGCUGGACUUGGAGUAGGCGGGCUUGGAGCUGGUGGAGUUCCUGGGGCUGGACUUGGAGCUGGAGGAUAUGCUGGAGCCAAAGCUCGAAAAUAUGCCCAGCUUGCAGGUGCUGGUGGAGCCGGUGCUGGUGGGCUUCCUCAGGCUAGGCCUGGAGCUGGUGGUGUUCCAGGGGCUGGAUUUGGAGCUGGUGGGGUUCCAGGGGCUGGACUUGGACCUGGUGGAGCUGGUGGAUUUCCAGGGGCUGGACUUGGACCUGGUGGAUUUCCAGGGGCUGGACUUGGACCUGGUGGAGCUGGUGGAGUUCCAGGGGCUGGACUUGGACCUGGUGGAGCUGGUGGAGUUCCAGGGGCUGGACUUGGACCUGGUGGAGCUGGUGGAUUUCCAGGGGCUGGACUUGGACCUGGUGGAGCUGGUGGAUUUUACGGGGCUGGACUUGGACCUGGAGGAUAUGCUGGAGCCAAAGCUCGAAAAUAUGCUCAGCUUGCAGGUGGAGCUGGAGUAGGUGUUGGAGUAUUACCUGGUGGAGGUGUUGGAGUAUUACCUGGUGGAAGGACAGGAACUGGAGUACCACCUGGAUAUGCUGGAGCCAAAGCACGCAAAUAUGGCCUUCCAGGUGGAGCAGGUGGGACCGGACUACCUGGAGGCUUUGGUGGGGUUCUGGGUGGAGGAUUAGGAGGACCAACUGGUGGCGUUGGUACUGGGGGGGCUCCCAUUGGUGGAGUUGGAACUGGGGCUGGUGGAUAUGGACCAGGUGGAGUUCCUGGCGGUGGUGUUUCUCCAGGAGGGAUAUCACCUGGUGGCUAUGGUCCUGGCACUGGAGCAUAUCCCGGGGGAUCAAAAGCACUUAAAUAUGGGCGUGGUGGUGCUCCAGUCUCAGGUGUAGGUGGACCAUUUGGAACAGGAACUGGAGCUGGUCCUGCUGGAGGACUAGGAACUGGGGCAGGACCUGCUGGUGGAUAUGGCCAAGGCACUGGAUUUGGUCCUGGUGCUGGAUAUGGACUAGGCCCAGGUGGUAUACCUACAGGAACAGGAGUCAGAGGAGGACUUCCAAUUGCUGGGGGAUAUGGACCAGGAUCAAAAGCUGCUAAAUAUGGUCAACCAGGAGGUGGAUAUGGAGGUGUGCUGGGUGGAGCAGGAUCAGUGCCUGGUGUAGUUGGAGCUGGAACCACAGGAGUUGGGACUGGAAUUGCAGCUGGUACAGGCAUUGCAGGUGGGGCUGGAGGUGUACCAGCCACAGGAAGCAAGGCAGAUAAAUAUAAAGUGCCCGGUGUUACCGGAGGAACACAAGGUGGAGCUGUCAUCCCAGGCAGCACCCCAUCCACAUCCACAUCCACAGAUCAGAGAAAUAGAACAGGCACUGAUAGAGUGGGGUCUGGUGCAACUGAUGGGAGAGUUAAUGGAACUGGAGAAAGACCAGGUGGAACUAAACCUCCAAAGUUAGGAGAACCAGGUGGACCAAUAGAAGGAUCUGGAAUUGCCAUUGGAGGUGGUCCAGGUGAAGGAGUUAGUGGUGGACCCACUGAAGGAGACGGGUUUGAUGGGGUUGCUGGAACAGGAAUACCCAUCUUAGCUGGUAGAAAACCAGAUGCAGGUGGUUUAAUUCCAGGUGGAACAGGAGCGCCGAUACCAGAAAUUGGUGCAGGAGUAGUUCAGCCCAGUGCUGGUCCAGGUGAGGGUGGAGUUGGUGAAGGUCUACCAGGUGCCAAACCUCUGAGACCUCCAGGCGGUGGUGUGAUAGCUGGACGUGGGGAUACUCCAAGCAUUAUUGGUGGAGGGCCAAGCGGAACUGGUGAUGGACAAGGUGAUAUUACUGGAGGGCCUGGUAGUACUAGUAUUGUACCUGGGGAAGUUGGAGGCGGGCCAGGUGGAGUUGGAGGCGGGCCGGGUGGAGUUGGAGGCGGGCCGGGUGGAGUUGGAGGCGGGCCGGGUGGAGUUGGAGGCGGACCGGGUGGAGUUGGAGGCGGACCGGGUGGAGUUGGAGGCGGGCCGGGUGGAGUUGGAGGCGGGCCGGGUGGAGUUGGAGGUGGACCAGGUGGAGUUGGAGCCGGACCAGGUGGAGUUGGAGGUGGACCAGGUGGAGUCGGAGGUGGACCAGGUGGAGUUGGAGGUGGACCAGGUGGAGUCGGAGGUGGACCAGGUGGAGUUGGAACAGUUAAACCACCCAAAGGUUAUGGUAGUCCAAGUGGAGGAGGACUCCUUGGAGUUGGAGGCAUUGGUGGCACUGGAGGCCCUGGUGGAGUUGGAGGGCCUGGAGUGACAGCAGGAUCUGGCUUUUUGCCAGGAAGUAGCAGUCUCCUACCAGGAGGUGUAGGAACAGGACUGGGAGCACUGAAACCUGCCAAAAGUUAUGCUGGAAUUGGAAGUUUGGGAGCUGGUGGGAUUUUGCCAGUGAACGGUAUACGUUUUCCAAGUGGAGCUGCUGUGGGGAGCAAACAAGGAAAAGCUUAUGGAGCUCUAGGCAGACCUGGAGGUUUUGGCCCAGGAGGGCUUGGUGGUGGUGGUGCUGGAGGCCCAGGCAGUUAUACAGGUGGACCAGGAGGCUAUGGAACAGGACCUGGUGGUUAUGGAACAGGACCAGGUGCUGGAUAUGGUCUUGGAACAGGAAAGCCACCUAAAAGCUACGGGCCUGGAGGAACUGGAGGUGGUCAAGGAGGAAUUGGAGGAGGACCUGGUGGAGUAGGAGGUGGAUUGGGUGGUCUUGGUGGAGGUUUGGGAUACCCAGGGGGAGCAGACUACAGAGUAGGAGCUGGAAAACCUGGGAAAUCAGGAUAUGGAGGAUUGGGUGGAGCUGGAGGCACUGGACUUGGAGCUGGAGGUGCAGGUGGGGGUGUGGGUGGAGGUCCUGGAGGCAUAGGUGGAGGGCUAGGGGGAUUGGGAGGAGGGGCUGGUGGCCCAGCAGGAACUGGAGGAGGCCUCAGGUAUCCAGGAGGUGCGGGUAUUGGAGCUGGGAAGCCUGGUAAAUCAGGAUAUGGCACAGGUGCCUUGGGUGGUCAAGGCUACCUGCCAGGAGGUGGACAGCCUGGCUAUGGUGGGGGUGGUCCAGGUGGCUAUCAGCAGCCUUUCCCAGGUUAUGGUGGAGCUGGAGCAGGAGGAGCUGGAAGUGCUCCACUUACACCUCAACAAUCAAAGGCAGCCAAAUAUGCAGCUCUCCAGGGCAUUCUAGGAGGCUAUAGAGGAGGUGCUGGGUGCCAAGGGAAAUACUGCAGGAACAGGAGGAAAUGAGAGCCAAGCAAAGAGAAGUGACCUCAGAAACCAGUGGUGCUACUGCCUAAUCUCGAAUGAACUUUGCAAUGUGCACUUCCUUGUGCACUCAGGGCACAGUGUAAGCUCCCCUUAUUAUAUUUGCACACCAAAAUACAAAUAUAGUCAUUACAUCAGCACACCACAAGAGGGUAUGAGUGAACUCAUCAGUAUAUGAACUCGUAUCCACUAGUUUAUGGCUGGUGUACGUACAGUGUUUCAGAUUAAUUAGAGCGGCAGGUUG